AUCUUCCAAAUGACGCAGCCUGCAACUAAAAGAGAAACAGAGAAUUUUCUAUCAACUCUUAACCUUUGACUUAACUGUAGGUUAUAAACGUUAAGGAAAGUGCAUAAACAAUGGGAAAACACGAAGUGGGUACACCAAAAUACAUCGCUAAUAAGAUCAAAGCGAAAGGAUUGCAGAAAUUGAGAUGGUAUUGUCAAAUGUGUCAAAAGCAGUGUAGAGACGAAAAUGGGUUCAAAUGUCAUACAAUGUCGGAAUCACACCAUCGUCAAUUGUUGCUCUUUGCUGAGAACGCGCAUCGAUAUAUGGAUCAAUUUUCGCGAGAUUUUUCGAAAGGCUACUUGAACUUAUUGAAGAGACAAUUUGGUACUAGACGAGUACCGGCGAAUCGAGUAUAUCAAGAGUAUAUUUCUGAUAGAGGACAUAUACACAUGAAUGCAACCCAGUGGCUUACAUUAACAGCAUUUGUGAAAUGGCUAGGACGUACUGGGCAAUGUGUUGUCGAUGAAACUGAAAAAGGCUGGUAUAUAACAUAUAUUGAUAGGGAUCCUGAAACACUUGCUACACAGGAAAGAAAAGCAAAAAAGGAAAAAAUGGAUAAAGAUGACGAAGAGCGUUUGAUGGACUUUAUUGGGAAACAAGUAGAGAAAGCAAAGCAAGACAUAAAGGAAGAGGAGAAUGAAACAUUCAAGAUACCACUAAUGCGUCCUGAGAAUGAUGCACCAUUAAUUCUUGAUAUAAAGUUGAAACCAAAGCCAAAAUUACUCCCUAUACUUGAUAUGAAGCAGACGAAAAUAAAAACUGAAGAUAUUAGUAAGGAUAUACUUCCAAGCCAAUCAACCGAUAAGAAAGAUGAAAAACAAAAAUAUGAUGACCAAGAGACCAGAUCAAUAAAAAAGUUCAAAAGUAAUAAUCCCCCUGCAAUUGAGGGCUGGCUUAAAGAAGGCUUAAUUGUUAAAGUAACUACAAAGAGCCUAGGUGACAAAUAUUACAAAGCUAAAGGUAUAGUUCAAACGGUUGGCAAGGAUGGUUUCGUCGGUAAAGUUAAAUUAAAGACACCAGAAGAAGUUAGUGGACACAUCAUACGAUUGGAUCAGGAGUAUCUGGAAACGGUAAUUCCUGCAAUAGGCAAAGAGGUUCUAAUUCUUUGGGGGAAAUAUAAAGACAGGAAAGCGAUAGUAAAAAAAUUGCACAUAGAGCAUUAUAGUAUAGAUGUUGAGCUUAAGCAAGAUGGGACGAUUGUGGAAAUGCUUUCAUAUGAACAAGUAUGCAAAAUAUAAAUAUUUAGAUUGACUAAUUUCGCGAAAAAAAUUAGGAAAGAGUCAAUAUAUUUUUUUAUAUUAUAAUCUUAAUAUACUCAUUAUGUUAUUCUCCAACGAGCACCUGUGUACAAAUUUAACAGUAUGGUAUUAGAUAUUAAUAUUUUGUGUGUAAAAUAUUUUACAGGCAAUUUGGAAAACGAUUUCCUAAGAAAUGUCCCAUUAACGUCCAAUUUUCUUAUUAAAUAUGAAAUAAGUUGAAAUUUGGAUUUUUACUAAAUAUAUAUUAGUUUAUACAUCCGUGUUAUAUACUAUAUAAGUACGUGUAUCUAAGAUUAAAAUAAUAAAAAAAAUAUUACAUAUUUAUCGUACAUAUAAUGAGAAAUACUUUAAUUUAUUAACUGCCGUUUAAUAUCGUAUUUGAAUAAUUGUUAUCGAAAUCAGACUAUUGCAUUGAAAAAUAAGAAAUAUAAAAUAUAAGAAAUGAAUACACAUAUAAAUUUUAUACUAUCUUACUGUUUUUUUUAUAACAGUAUACACAAUAUUUUAGAAACUUUGGGUUGUAUGAUCUAUUUAUAUUUUUGUCUAAUUACAUAUUUAAUAAUAAGAACACUAAAUAUUGUUUAUAUAUAUGUAUUUAAUUACAAGACUUUUCUCUUGUAAGGAUAUUAAGGGUAUGGUCUAGCGGACGCUGCAAAUAGCGUUUUUACUUCUUUCUCUUUAUUCGAAUCCAAGGAAUAGAACAAGAGGAAGAAAUACUGCACAGCAUUUGUAGUGAUUGUUGGACCACACCCUAUAUCAUAUGUCUAUUUACUAACACAGGAAAAUGUAUAAUAUCAGAAACUUUGUUUAUUGUAUCAUGUAUAUAUAUGGAUGCUUAUUAUUAUUUAGGGAAGGAAUUUGUAACCAAAUGAAAAAUUUACUAUUACUAAAAAAAGAAUUAAAAAAAAAUAACAAAUACAGCUGUAAUUAUGUACAUAGAUAUAUUUUGUAUGGAUACAUGCAUAUAUUUCUGUAGCGCAGAGAUGUUUUCU